AUGGCUUCAAAUAUACCCGCAAACGUGGCCGCUGGGCCCAGCUUCUGGCCGUCCAUCUCUAUGACCGAGGCAACAACAGCUCUGUCGCAACGUGCUGCCAUCCUCACUAGAAGUGAGAACAGCAAGGCCAAACAGCAGCAAGGGCUUGGUAUAGUUAGUUUCUUGACUGCCAUCAGCGUCGCUGUAGCUAUUUUCUCGGCCCAGUUUCUCUUGUUUGCAUCGUUACGAAACAAGCUGGCAAGAAUAUUCAAGCCAAAGACCUACCUUGUUCCCGAGCGCGAGAGAACUGAGCCGCCGCCAGCAAACCUAGUAUCCAUGAUUGGAGCCCUGGUUACGUACGACGAGCGUGAAGUCAUCAAAAAAUGCGGCUUGGACGCAUAUUUCUUUCUACGCUAUUUGAAAACACUUCUCGUCAUAUUCGUACCAAUAUCCUUUGUGGUAUUGCCCAUCUUGCUACCCUUGAAUUUUGUCGAUGGCAUCGGUCGCCAAAUAGACAUCAGUGACGGGGACAGAAAUUCUACCAAUGCGACCAUCCCGACUGGUCUUGACACCUUGGCAUGGGGAAACGUCGCUCCGAACAAUCGGAGCCGAUACACAGCCCACCUUAUAAUGGCCAUCCUCGUCGUCAUUUGGGUCUGCACAGUCUUUUUCUUCGAGCUGCGAGUUUACAUUAAAAUCCGCCAAGAUUAUCUGGCCAGCGCCGAGCACCGUCUUCGAGCCUCUGCUACCACUGUUCUUGUCAGCAGUAUUCCGAAAAAAUGGCUGACUGAAGAAGCCUUGUCGGGGUUGUUUGACGUGUUACCGGGAGGCAUAAGGAACCUUUGGAUCAACCGAGAUUUGACUCAACUCCUGGACAAGAUCUCCCUCAGGGACAGUAUUCACAAGCAGUUAGAAUCUGCCGAGACAAGUCUCAUCAAAGCAGCUAAAAAGGCCCAGCUGAAGCAGAGAAAUGCGGAAGAAAAGAGGAGGCGUAGGAAGCUGAAUCUAAAAGCCUUGACUAAAACAGAGAAAGCUGCUAGAGAUGCAGAGGAGGACGCUGAAGCUAAUCGUUUAGCUCGCACCGAAGAAUGUGCAGAUGCUGGACAUGACCAAGAUGUCCCCCUCACUGAUGAUGCAUGCAUCCUCGAGCCUCGGCUUGAAAACCGAGAAACCUUGCGUGCGACAACCUCACCGGACACCACUACGGGUCCAGACGGAAAUCACAACCCUCUACAUCUUGUUGGAACUGGCCUAAAAGGAGUGGCCGGAAAGGCAGGACGAGGUGUAAAUAACGCACUGGGCACCAAAAACGGCUUCGUGGAUCUGAGCUCUGCGCAAGAACAUACCCAUCAAAGAGUUCCUUCUCCGACUCCAACCGAGCCGCAGGAAGCUCUACGAGGCUCCUUGGACGACUCAAUACUCACAUCCAAUUCAUCCAAAGCCACAAGACCACCCUACGAUCCGACGCACCAUCGUGACAUGAAAAACUCUGUCCGCAAAGCUGACCACGCUGACGAUUUAUACCUGAAUGCGAAGCCAAAGUUUUGGCAGUUUUGGAAACCCCCGCAAGGCGGGUUUGCGUCGCCUGUACCGCAUGGCGCUUCGGGAUCCGUGCCUACUACCGAGGGAUCUGGCUGGCAGACUUUCAAAAAUUCCCUUCCAUUUAUGGGCCCAAAGGACGAACCAUUCAAAUACGAUGAUGCUUAUGAAUGCGAUAAUCAACUGGAACUGGACAAGGAUGCCGAAUGGGCGAAAUAUAUCAAAAGACGUGACCGCCCGACUCAUCAUCUUCCCCUUUUCGGAUUGAAUUGGAUGUUUGGAAUGCCGCUAAUCACCAAAAAGGUCGACACGAUUUACUGGUGCCGUCAAGAGCUUGCUCGACUCAACUUGGAGAUCGAGGAAGAUCAAAAGCAUCCGGAGAGAUUCCCAUUGAUGGGCUCCGCCUUUAUCCAGUUCAAUCAUCAGAUUGCUGCACACAUGGCAUGCCAGUGCAUCGCUCACCACUUACCAAAGCACAUGUCCCCACGGACCAUUGAGAUUUCGCCUCGCGACGUUGUCUGGGGGAACAUGGCAAUCAGUUGGUGGCAACAGUGGCUUCGUUCAAUCAUAGUUGUGACAAUCGUUGUCGCCAUGAUCAUAUUGUGGGCUAUUCCCGUGGCCUGGACUGCUGCCAUAGGUCAAGCCGAUGCUCUCAUCAGAUCUAAUAGUUGGCUAGCGGAUCUCGAACAGAACAAAGGACUUGGAACUUUUGUCAAAGCGGUUUCCGGUGUCUUGCCUGCUGUUAUUUUGGCGAUUUUGCUCGUCCUGGUUCCAGUCAUUUUCGGUUUACUGGCAGGCUUCAAAGGCGCAAAGACCGGGGCACAGAAGACGGAAUUCGUUCAGAUGUACUACUUUGCUUUCUUAUUUGUACAAGUCUUUCUUGUUAUUUCGAUUGCGUCGUUCUUCUUCAAGUCGCUCGGGGACUUCAUUACCGGCUUCAAGGAGCUGUCCAGCGUCACUUCCGUCCUUACACUCUUGGCCCUGAAUUUGCCGUCCGCCGCCAUUUACUUCUUUUCCUACAUGAUUCUACAGGCUCUUUCUACCAGCUCUGGGACCUUGCUGCAGGUCGGCUCUUUGUUCAUGUGGUUCAUCAUGGCGCCGAUUUUCGACAGCACUGCCAGGCAGAAGUGGGCACGCAACACGUCGCUCAACCAGGUCAACUGGGGCUCUUUCUUCCCCGUGUACACGAAUUUCGCCUGCAUCGGGUUAAUAUAUUGCGUUGUUGCGCCGCUAAUUUCUAUCUUUGCGAUCAUCACAUUCGGUCUGCUCUGGCUGGCUCAGAGAUAUGCAAUGCUGUACGUCAACCGAUCUGACACUGACACUGGCGGAGUCUUGUAUCCUCGAGCAAUCAACCAAACGUUUACCGGAAUUUACGUCAUGGAGCUCUGCCUGGCUGGGUUGUUUUUCAUUGUGCCUGGCGGUCAAUGCACCCCUCACGGCGUUAUCAUGGUUGCCGUGUUCAUCCUCACACUAUUGUACCAAGUUAUGCUCAAUCUUUCUUUCUCGCCUCUAUUCCGAUAUCUUCCAAUUACGCUCGAGGACGAAGCUGUACUUCGGGACGAAGCAUUCCAACGAGCUCAGGAUGUUCGGUUUGGAUUAAUUCAGGAAGAUGAAGAACGGGGGCGGGCUAAUCUUGCAGAGAAAGCAACAUCGGUUCCAGCCAGUGACAAGAAUAUCGAGCUCCAGAACGUGGAGCCUGGCAGAAUAGAUGACUCGAAUAGCCGUUUCAGGCCCGCCAAGCAGGUUGGACAUUGGGCCAAAGCUGGAGGCAAACAGGUCGGCACAUGGGCCAGGGGUGGCGGCAAUCAGCUUCGCAAGCUGAAGAACAUGACAGACAACACGCGGGCUGCACAAUACCGCCGAAACCAACACAAGAAGAAUCUCGACGCACAGAGGGCUAUAGGUGAUGCCCUCUACGGCGGCAUUCCAGACGACAUUGAGGAUUUGACCCCCGAAGAAAGAGAUACCCUGACGCAACACGCAUUUUUGCACUCGGCUCUACGAGCUCGAAGACCUACAGUCUGGAUACCACGAGAUGAUUUGGGGGUGAGCGACGACGAAAUUCGACGCACAAACGCAUUCAGCAAGCAUAUUUGGGUCAGUAACGAAGGAACAGCGCUUGACAGUAAAGUACGCGUUGUGUACGGGAAGAACCCCCCUGAUUUUUCGGAGUUGGAUAUCAUCGUCUUGUAA